CUCUGGUGUAGAGUGUAGACACCGCAGGAGGCAUUGGCGAACUCUGAGCUCCUUCCUGCUGCGAACUCGGCGGAAACAUUGGAUGUUUCGUCGACAAUUAACGUGAUGGAGAUUCCAGCGUAGUACUCUUCCUUCUUAUAGCAAAAAAGAACAAUCCGGGUCAAACACUCGAUUGAGUUUUGUUGGACAAGGACACGGUCUGCAUCAUCUAAUCGUAAUCGGAUCCCCUUAUGUACAUGUCUGCAUCUGGUCUACUGCUAAGGUUCCAUCACCGUGCUUCUUCCUGAUCCUGCCCACUCUUGCGCAGCUCUUGCUUUCCUGGAUCUUCCUCAGCCACUGUACAAGAGAUGAUUGUGGAAUGGAUGUUGAACACCGAGUACCCGCGCUCGGCCCAGCUCUCGACAGACACCGAGGGAGCUGGCAAUGCGCGCUCCUAGUCGCCGCUGGCAUACACGAGCUGGUGGAGACGUCGGUCAGCGUGCGGGAUGGAGCCGGCGGGGACGGCAGCCACGGCGCCGCCGCUGGCUUCCGAGUCUCCGCGGAGGAGGGGGGCGAGGCGGGCCUCGAUGCGCUCCACACCGGCGGCGGCCACAUCCUCGUCCCGCAGGUAGACGAGCACGGCGAACACCUCGGAGAUGAGCCCCGUGCGGUCGGCGCCCGUCAGCUCAAGCACGGUGGCCGUGGCCGCCGCCGGCAACGCCGUUUGUUCGCACGGAGAGGCGAGGUCGAGGAGGAGGCCGGGGUUGCGGAAGACGGCGGCGUGGCGUGGCUGGGGCCUCGGGAUAGCGCGCGUAGAGGUGCGACGGUCGCUGUUUAUGGUCGCCGGCGACAGCGUGUGGCGAGUGGCCGCCGGAGCGGUGCAAGGAGGCGCGAGGCGCGGGCACAGGAGCUCGGGCGCGAGCGCGCCUCUCCGCGCCGUCCAUCCUCCCGGCGAGCGCACUCCAUCCCCCCGCGCGAGGCACGGCGGCCGCCGGCGCACGACGGAAUGGGCGUAGCCGCCGGCGCAGAGUGGAUAAAAGGAAGGAAAGGACUGCGGACUGAAUUGAAAUGCCCAUAG